GCUGCUUUACAGGCAGGUAGAUAAAGGAUUCAAACUAAACAGGAUCCCCCAGUUCUGGGAGUCAGGGCAGCAGCGGAAGGCCGGAUCACCAGGGCCAGAUAAUGACAUGGACCUGGGCACUCUCCAAAACAACGUCCACAGCGCCUUGGACAACGUUUACGAGGAGGGCCCGGAAUCCGAUCGUCUCAGGACCCUUUCCAAUGGCAGCCCCGUCUCCAUCGGCGAGCAGGCCAGCCUUCUGACAGGGGCCGAUACCGUCAAGCGUUCUCAGCCCCUGCUCAUCCAAAGCAACAGAAAACCAAAGGAGGAGGAGGAAGAGGAGCCGCGGGCCUUGUCUCUGCCCUCCAUACCGAACCCCUUCCCAGAGCUCUGCAGCCCCUCCAAUUCGCCCAUCCUUAGCAACUCCUCCCUGGGGUCCGGGUCACAGCGAGAAGGCGGCUCUCAUGUGGUGAAGGUCUACAGUGAAGAUGGUACGUGCCGCUCACUGGAGGUCACAGCUGGUACCACGGCUCGCCAUGUCUGUGAGAUGCUGGUACAGAAGACCCAUGCUUUGCAUGACGACUGCUGGUCCCUAGUCGAGGUCUAUCAGCACCUAGCUCUAGAGCGGUGCCUGGAAGACCAUGAGUCUGUGGUGGAGGUCCAGGCCACAUGGCCUGUUGGGGGUGACAGCAGGUUCGUCUUCCGGAAGAACUACGCCAAGUAUGAGCUGUUCAAGAGCUCACCGCAAUCCCUGUUCCCGGAAGUCAUGGUCUCCAGCUGCCUGGACACGGCCGACAAGGGCAUGUCCCAUUCAGAACUCAUCCAGAAUGUACUAAAUUCGGGAAGCUGCCCUGAAAUCCAAGGGUUCCUGCACAUGAAGGAAGUUGGGCGCAAAGUGUGGAAAAGGUUUUACUUCUCCCUGCGGCGCUCCGGGCUGUAUUACUCAACCAAAGGCACCUCGAAAGACCCUCGACAUCUGCAGUAUUGCGUUGAUGUGAAUGAAUCCAACAUCUACUAUAUCACCCAGGGCAAAAAGCAGUACAGCCCACCCACUGAGUACGGCUUCUGCAUCAAGCCCUUCAAAGCACGCAGUGGGGUCAAAGGUCUGAAGCUCUUCUGCAGCGAAGAUGAACAAAGCCGCACCUGUUGGAUGGCUGCCUUCCGCCUCUUCAAGUAUGGCAUACAGCUCUACCGGAACUACCAGCAGUGCCAGGCACGGCAAAGGGAAACAGCCUGGAUUGGCACCAUGCCCCUGCGGAGCGUGUCCGAUAACACUCUGGUGGCCAUGGACUUCUCGGGUUGUACGGGUCGAGUGAUCGAAAACCCCAACGAGGUCCUGACAGUCGCUCUGGAGGAGGCGCAGGCGUGGAGGAAGAAGACAAGCCACCGAUACAGCUUGCCCACUCCCUUCCAGAGCUCCCCACUCAGUGCUGCCAUCCACAGAACUCAGCCAUGGUUCCACGGACACAUCUCUAGAGAAGACACCCAGCGCCUCAUUAUCCAGCAGGGAUUGGUGGAUGGGGUAUUCCUAGUGCGGGAGAGCCAGCGGAACCCCAAAGGAUUUGUUUUGUCACUCUGUCACCUGCAGAAAGUGAAGCACUAUCUUAUACUUCCGAGUGAGGAGGAGGGGCGCCUCUACUACACCAUGGACGACGGGCAGACCCGGUUUGCUGACCUGAUCCAGCUGGUGGAGUUUCACCAAAUCAACCGGGGCAUCCUGCCUUGCAAGCUGAAGCACUACUGCACGUGUGUCGCCUUGUGAUAGGUUGC